UCUCUUAACUUCCAAAUCAUCAUAAUAAAAAAGCCAAUUACGGUCACGAAAAAUUAGUGUACGAGAGCAAAACCAAUAUUGUUAUUUUUGAACAUGUUUAGUUUUGAGGGAGAAUACCGGAGAAAGCCGGUGCAAAGUUUAGGGGGAGCAUCAAAACAUAGUCAGAGGGAUAUUUUUCUCCAAAGAACACAACUAGAAAGGCAAAAAAGAGAAGAUUUACGACGUCAAAACCAAAGUGCUGUUAUCAUUCAGGCUUUUUUUCGAGGCUGUCGAGCAAGAUCCCUUCAGAAACACAUUCAACGUCAAGAGUUUGAAACUGUACAAGCUGCCCAUCUUCAAAAUGUGGACAUGCAACUGUUAACGUCUUUGAUGAAACAUCUUAAUUUCUUCUUUGAUAAAGAGAAAGAUGCCAACAAGCUUAUCUGGUUGUCCCAGAUGGUUAUCAAAAACUCAUCUAAUAUAAUGAAGCAAUGCCAGGCUGAGAGGCCAUUCACAUUUACACUUGCUCAAUUCCUCAGCUUGACUAUCUGUUACAUAUGUAAUACAAUUAACUCAUCAACUGGAGAAAGCAAAGGAUCCCAUUGGAGAGUCCUGGAAAUCUUCUUGAACACUGAGGGCUGGAGUAAAAUUGUUGGAAUCCAGUCUGCUGAUAUUAUCUUGGGAUCAAUCUUUUUCUCAUUGUCUCAAAAAGGUUAUUUUACCAGGCUACGUCAAAUAAUUGACGCCAAAGUACCUCCGCUAGUUGAGCCAACAACAAGGGCACCUAACCCACUUUCUGGUUGCCUGUUGGAUUUCCUUAUUCAACCUCUAGAAUUUGCAUGCGGCACGCUCGAUAUAAGCCACCGGAAUACGAUAGUUAAAUCCUUUCGCCAGGAAUUUCUGGAACCGGCUUAUUCAGAGCCAAUCAUAAAUUUCAUUCUUCCAUGCUUGACGCUGAACAAUCACAAAAUUCCUUUACUGUGCAUGUUGGAAAAUAAUGAGAUUUGCGGGAAAAAUCCCUGGCUUUUUCACAGUAUGCUAGUGCUUGCCGAGAGGCAUCCUGAAUUGAAACACGACAGAGUGCUUUCAGUCUACGUCGCCACAAUAAGUCGUUUGAGCGGAUGCCUCCAGUUUAUGCAUACAGCUGAAAUCGAAGAAGACAACGACGACUCGGACGAAGAAGACAUGAAAACUAAUCUAUUUAAAGCUUCAGAACACGACAUAAUGAAUCGCUGCUGUGAAAUCCUUAAUAAUAUUAAUACGGUGAACGUAUUGGUAUCAGCUCUACGAAUCCCUGAUGUUCUUUCUGAUUUGUGUGUCAUCGCCCACAAUCUUUUGCUGUCGGAUCGAUUGGCACUCCAUAAGUGCAGGUUACUGUAUACUCUGGCUUUCAAACCAUGCUACCUACAACAAUUGCUCGUCUACAUCAAAUCCGAAAAACAAAUAUCGCUAUUUGGUUCAUCAGAUACUUCUUUGAUUCUGCUUUUGGCUAAAGGUGUACAUCUAACGCCUUCGGAAAGUCAGAGGAUCGUACCAGUUUUGGACGUUUUCUGUUCGCUUUUCAGCCAUCUUUUAGUAACGUUGGACGAUUCCGAAUUUUAUAACGAGUCGGAAUCGGUGAAUGGAGCUAUGCCUUUUAAGCUCUAUGAAGUAGUAGAACUAGCUUCAACACUACGAGAUGUUUGCCUCGGGCUGGUAGAACUUGCAUAUCCUGACACACGACCAAGCACCUCCUUCAACUUCAUUAAGACCCGUACUUCCACGGGCAACUCUGAAGAAGAUACCAGAAUAUGGAUGCAUCUUUUCAAAUCGACAGUUAAUCUUGUUAGCCAGCUGCACACAAGGGAUACCCGUCGACCAUUCUGCCAAAGUGGACUUUGGGUAACUGGAAGAAUUGCUCUACCUUUAGAGAGGAAUGGGCAAGUGUCUCUCCGUAGGCAGGGUAGACUCCAACGCCCGUUUAGGGCUAUACGGCCCUUAACUAGAAAUGAAAUUGAAGAGGAAGGAAAUUCCAUGUUAUCCACGAGAGAAGUGCGUACUUUAGCCAUUCUUCGGGAAAUUCCGUUUGUGUUCUCGUUUACCGAUAGAGUCAAAAUGUGGCAGCAAUGGAUCCUCAAUGACAAAAAGCAGCAGCAAGGCGAAGCCAAUUUUCUUCGAGGGCCUUCCAUUCAGGUCAUGAUUCGUAGAAAUUACAUUUACGAAGAUGCGUUUGAUAAACUCUCGCUUGAAAAUGAACCCAAUCUGAGAUGGAAGAUGAGAGUUCAACUAACAAACGCUGUAGGAUUAGACGAAGCAGGUGUAGAUGGUGGGGGUAUCUUUCGCGAGUUUCUGUCUGAGCUACUGAAGACGAGUUUCGACCCGAAUCGUGGGUUUUUUCGCUUAACCCAUGAUAACUUGCUCUACCCUAAUCCCGGUGUGGCUGUACUUGUAUCGGAUUUCCCCGCCCAUUACUAUUUUAUUGGUCGUAUGCUGGGCAAGGCAUUGUACGAGAAUCUUUUGGUGGAAUUACCGAUGGCGGACUUUUUCCUUUCUAAAAUCCUCGGUCAGGCCAGCGCUAGUUUGGACGUUCAUCAUUUGGCUUCCUUGGAUCCAGUGCUUCACAAAAACCUACUCUAUCUUCGCCAUUAUGAUGGUGAUGUCACCGAAUUAGGACUCGAUUUCACCAUAGUGAGCAGUGAACUCGGUGAAACCAGGGUGGAAGAACUUAAGCCCAAUGGCUCAAACAUUCCUGUCACGUCUUCAAACCGUAUUGAAUACAUUCAUUUGGUGGCGGACUACAAACUGAACAAGCAAAUCCGUUUGCAAUGCAACGCUUUCCGACAGGGUCUGGCUAACGUCAUUGACAUCGAAUGGCUGCAAACGUUUAGCUAUCGAGAACUCCAGGUGUUGGUGUCAGGUGCAUAUACACCAGUCGACCUGGAGGAUUUGAAGCAACACACCCAUUAUGCCGGCGGUUACACGUCAACACAUCCAGUCAUCCAGGGAUUUUGGAGAGUUGUAUCCCAGUUUGAUGAUUCUGGCAAACGACAUCUGCUCAAGUUUGUCACCAGUUGCUCUAGACCUCCACUGCUGGGUUUUAAAGAGUUGGAUCCGCCUUUCUGUAUUCAAAAUGCCGGCACUGACGAUCGACUUCCAACCGCCAGCACUUGCAUGAACCUUCUGAAGUUGCCCGAAUUUCAUGAUGAAAACAUUUUGCGAGAUAAAUUGGUCUACGCUCUCCAAUCCGGCGCGGGAUUCGAAUUGAGUUAGAGAUUCUUAUAUUCUCAACAGGUGAAAUCGUCAGUUUUUUUCGCCUUUUUUUUCUUUUUUAACCAAAAAAAAAAAAGAUGUAUAGUUUAGCGAGAUUUUUUCUUGUUCCAUAAAUAUAUGAAACGCUUACGUAC